UAUAAAAGAGGGCUGGGACAAGAUCUUAGUCAUCAGUCGACUGUCUUCCACUGCUCCCAUCACAGCUCCACCUCUCAGCCAUGAGUGUUUUGUAUUCCAGCAUCGCAUUCUGCCUGCUCCUGAGCGCCUAUCUGGGCGUCCAGGCUGGGAUCAUCGCGGGCCAUCCCGACGAACUCAUCGUCAGUCCGGCCCAGUAUGAGUUCCACUACUCCGUCCACGAUGGCCACACCGGCGACGUUAAGGAUCAGUUCGAGCACCGACGGGGCGAAUACGUAACGGGUCGCUAUUCUCUGAUCGAACCCGACGGUCAUCGCAGGAUUGUGGACUAUACUGCUGAUCCUUUCCUGGGAUUUAAUGCCCAGGUUCGUCGGGAACCGAUUUCCCUUUAAGUUCACAAACGGACUCUUCAAAGGACUCUCUCAGCUGACAUGAACCGUCUACUAACAUUUACUAUGUAUUUCUAAUAAAUUGGAAGGCUGUUGAUUAAAAGAAUAUAUAAAAGCUGAA